AUGCAUCGACUUUUUGCUGAGCUGGAGCCAUCUUUAACCGUCACCAAGCAAAACCUGGCAGACCGAGCUCGGUAUAUCUUACGCUCAAAUACAUUUGAUGCCACCGAACACGAACGGCUACGACGUGAGGCUGUUCCUUCAUCGGAUGAAAAUGCUACGGCUGAGGAUGCGGCGCCACAACUUGCAGAGGAACCGGCAAACGUGGAUUCCGCCGUGAAUACCCCAGUUUUGGUUGAUUCAAACGAUGAUACGAACGAACAGUCGCCCAGGAACUGGAACUGGAGCAAUUGA